UGACUGUCUCGGAGGUAGAUCCAUGAGCGAAGAAAUCAGCGGGUGGAUCUUACGCAGUUAACCGGGACUGAGAGAAACCAUGCUGGAAUACAGUUCUGAAGGCUCAUUGACGAUUCACAUCAGCUGCCAGUCUCUUCGGAGACAGAUGUAAUGGUUUUAAGCGCUUUAGUGAUUCCAGAAAGUCUCAUUGGAGUUUGCUACAUGGAUAAUACAUAAAAGGAGGAAUGUGUUCUUUAUAAUAAGUGUCUGUUUGCCCACAAGGAUCUGAUAUCUUUUCAAAUUUGGCCUCUUUAAGGCCUAAUUGAAAUAUGGCAAUGUCCCGUUGACCUGAAGUAUAACUGAAAGAAGUAUACCUGAAAGAAUUAAUGACGGUGUAAACAUCACAUUUAAAUACCAAAGAUGCCUGGAAUAUAACCAUCUCCAUUUGCAAAGCAGUAACCAUGGCAAUCAAAUAUAAAGUCCAAUGGAAAUUAUCCAUGGAAACCACAAACUCUGUCUGGCUCUUAUUCGGGACCAUAUGGAUUUUUUUGGCUGGAGUUUUACAAGCAAACAUGGCGAGUGAAGAUGAUGUCACAGCACGCAUCAGUUUCACAUACAAUGCAGAAGGACGAUCAGUGAGAGAGUUCUCUGUGGAUGGCGUGUAUAACUAUUCAACCCUUCUGCUGAGCCCAGAUGAAAACAAAAUCUACGUGGGAGCCAGGGAGAACAUAUUCUCUCUCAGCCUGGACAAUAUCAGCGUGACGUAUCUACAGAAAACACUCACAUGGAGCACUCCAGAAAAGAAGAGGCAAGAGUGUAUCUUUAAAGGAAAGGGCUCCCAGACGGAUUGUUUCAACUACAUUAAGAUUUUACUGCGUCUGAACAGCACACACCUGUAUGUGUGUGGAACAUAUGCCUUCAGUCCCAGCUGUGCUUACAUUAACAUUUCCAGUUUCUCUCUGGAAAGAGAUGAAAACGGGGAACAAGUUAUGGAGGACGGACGUGGACGCUGUCCAUUUAAUCCAGAAUACAGAUCUACAGCUAUUACAGUGGAUGGGGAACUGUACACUGCUACUGUCAGUAACUUCCAGGGAAAUGAACCCGCCAUAUAUAGGAGUCUUGGGUCUGGCACCCCUCUCAAAACAGAAAACUCUUUUAACUGGCUCCAGGACCCAGCAUUUGCAGGUUCUGCUUAUAUUACAGGUUCAGACAGCGAGAGAAGUGAUGAUCAGAUUUACUUUUUCUUCAGCGAGAUGGGGAAGGAGUUCGACUUCUUUGAUAACACCAUAGUGUCCAGGAUUGCACGUGUGUGCAAGGAGGAUCAAGGUGGAAAGAGAGUCCUGCAGAAGAAAUGGACCACAUUUCUGAAAGCUCAACUCUUGUGUUCGCUACCGGACGAUGGCUUUCCUUUCAACAUCAUACAGGAUGUGUAUGUGCUUCCAGCCCAACACAAGAAAAACACACUCUUCUAUGCAGUCUUCACUUCUCAGUGGAGUAAAGGUCUAGCAGGCAGUUCAGCAGUGUGUGUGUUCAGCAUGGAUCAGGUAGAAAAAGCGUUUUCUGGUCGUUACAAAGAGGUGAACCGAGAGACUCAGCAAUGGUACACACACACUCACUCUGUACCUGAACCACGACCUGGAAUGUGUAUUACUAAUGCUUCAAGACAGCUGGGAAUGCACUCAUCCCUUGAUAUGCCAGAUAAGGUACUAAACUUUGUGAAAGACCACUUCCUGAUGGACAGUCCUGUCAAAAGUCAGCUAGUGCUCUUCACACACUCUGUGCACUACACACAAAUUGCUGUGCACCACGUGCAAGGCCUCCACGCUGCUUACAAUGUGAUGUUCAUCAGCACAGAUGAUGGACGUUUGCAGAAGGCUGUGAAUGUAGCCGGUACGAUGCACAUCAUUGAGGAGAUCCAACUGUUCCCAGAGCAACAACCUGUACAAAACAUGGAGAUGGAUUCAACUAAGGGUUUGUUAUUUGUGUCGUCACACUCUGGUAUUGUGCAGCUGCCAGUAGCAAACUGCAGUUUCCAUAACAACUGUGGCGAGUGUGUUUUGGCCAGAGACCCAUACUGUGCCUGGACAGGCACACACUGUACUGACGUCACACGUAUCCCACCACAAAACCAAUGGCAGCAGGAUAUCGAGAAGGCAGACACGUCAAAAUGUAACGGCACAAUGUUCAGUGUGGUGUCUGAGAGCUCAGUGUUACCACGUUCUUUCCCAAGUUCCCAAGAAUCUGCUUGCGAGCUCAUUAUCGUCCCAGCUAAUACUCUUUUCCUGCUGCCCUGCAAUCUUCGCUCUAACCAUGCCCAAAGGAAAUGGUCAUAUAAGCCAGAUGUAGGCCACUUCCUGUUCCCAAGCCCAGAUGGUGGGUUGGUAGUGAGCAGCCGUGCAGGCAGCGACGAGGUCUUCUCAUGCUGGUCAGAAGAACGUGGCUUCAGGCAACUCUUGGCCAACUACUGUGUGAAGGCAGAGCUGUUAUCUGAUUCGACAACCAACACAUGGCGAAUAGAUACACAUUUAAAAAAAAUCCAAAGCAUUUCAUCUGACAUCUUGUCCAGCGAAUCGGAGCACUCCGCUCAACUGCGCAUAAAGACAUAUGGCACAGAGCUGGCAGUAGUGUGUGUGCUAUUAGCUGUUUGUGUGCUUUCGUUCGGGCUGUCGGUAGCAUAUCGACACAGGGGCCGGAUGAAGGAGGUAUUGAGAGGAGGAGAGCAAACUGGAGGAGCACAAAAGAGAAGAGUCAGACACGGGGAGAGUUUACCCCUCAAUACAAGUGUGCUUCCAACAUCCCCAUCCGACCACAAAAGCUACCAGACGUUGGAGGAAAACUGUGGAUACAUAAUUGCUCCAUCAGAGACAAGCGCGCAGCGCAACUCCAAGGAAGCACAGACACUCACCCAAACACCACAGAAUGGCUUUAAAGAGAGUCAUGUGGAAGUCAAUGACAUUUGCCCUCAGCCACGGGUACGAUUGGGCUCUGAGAUCAAAGACUCUGUGGUUUAAAAUGCUGAUGUUUCCAAUUAAUUUAUAUAAAUGACACAUUAACAGUCGAACACUCUUUACAUUCACUUGGUACAUUCAAUGGGCAGCUUUCAUGAAGACAAAGCGUACUGAGCCCCGAGUAUAAGAGAAUUGAUAGGACAUGCACAGUGUGUGUGAAUCGCCUAACUAUAGUUGCUUAAGACAAUGCCCUCAAAUCUAUUGUCUAUUACCACUGCCAAGACAAAGAGUAAUGAUUCACUCAAGUUGAGAGGACUGUUCUAUACGUCUAUUUGUGUUCCUUUGCUGUUUUUGUGCAAAGGUUCAAUGCAUAAGUGUUUUAAGUGGGGGAACUUUAAUUUAAAAUUUGUCUAUGAAACCCAUAAUCCAUGCUCUGUAGUUUUUCAUUAUACCAGGAUUAAACACCAUGCAGUUCAGACCAGAUAGCUCGCUAGUAUUAUAGAACUUUCUAAACAUUUUAGAAAUCUUUUGUUUUUUUUAUUUGGUCCCUUUUUAAGAUUCUAUUUUUGGUCUUAUUAUUAUUAUUUCUUAGUCCUUUUUGGGAAGUAGUAUGUGUUUUCCAUUCUGUUAUUCAAAUGUGUUCAUGUUAGUAAAG